AGAGAGAGAGAGAGAGAGAGAGAGAGAGAGAGAGAGAGAGAGAGGGGGAGAGGGAGGGAGGAAAACAGGCCUCCACCCUGACUAUGAGUGAAAUGGGAGUGUGUGUGAGGGAUAAAGCGGCAGCACUCGACAUCAUCCACUGUACAUCUGUGAUCUAAAACAGCUAUGGAGAAAAGGGCCGAGUGUAAGAUGAAGGGAGAUUAUAUUUGGCCUACAAAAGUCUGUGUCUUCAGUGGAUCAGAUAAACUGUACAGGCCACAUUAGAGUAAAACACACACACACACACACACACACACACACACACACACACACACACACACACACACAGAGGAGUUCAAAAUAACGUCUGUGCUCGUCUGCACUAAUCUGCACUCGUCUGCGCGAUCGUCUGUACUCGUUCUUCCUCCAAACCACAUGGAGGCACAGCAAGGUUCUCCGGACAGCAGCAGUGAGGAAUGUACCGUUCUGGAGGCUUUUCCUGGCAAAGAAACAGUUUGCACUCAACAUAAAGGAAAAGUGGUAGCACUUUAUUGCCUGGCCUGUGAGAGUGCAGUGUGUGAGGAGUGUAUUGUUGAAGAACAUGCAGCUCAUCGGACAGAUUCACUGGAAAAAAUUGUGGAUCAGCAGCGAACAGCAUUACAUGAAAGUGUGAAUGCAGCUCAGAACAGGCUUCCUCAGAUCAGAGAAGCUUUACAGUCACUGAAGGACAUCCUGCAUCAGCUGAGCACUCAGAAGAACUCUAUUGAGGAAAACAUUCAUUUCUCCUUCAGUGAGUUGCACAAGACCCUGGACACACGUAAGAGUGUCCUGCUCAUGGAGUUAGAGGUCACCUAUGGAUUAAAGCAGAAGGUUCUUCAGAAUCAGUUAGACACCCUGCUGAAAGAGGAGGCUGAAAUCAGCAACAGCUGCAGUCAGAUGGGAGAAGCGUUGGAUGGGGCAACUGAGGCUGUUGUUCUGCAGACUCAUAAAGACUUUGGAGAGCGAUUGAGUGAGCUGUCCAGCCAGGGCCUUCCCCUCCAACCUGAGGAGAACGAUCAGUUGGAGCUCAUGAUGGAAGUAGAGGGUCUACGCAAAUCCAUCCACAACUUGGGCGCCAUUAUCACCACCAAUGCCGUGGCCAGCCAGACUGAGGCUUCGGGAGAUGGUCUGGAGCAAUGCAUUGUAGGUCAGCCAACGUCCAUCAUCAUAACCACCAGAGACAAGUCAGGAGGCUUGUGUAAGUCAGGCAAUGCGGCCAUCUCGGGAGAAGUCUUCACUCCUGAUGGCAGUGUCAUGGAUGGGGAGGUUUUGGACCAUAAGAACGGCACCUAUGAGUUCCUUUACACAUUGCACAAGGAGGGCGACUUUAGUCUGGCACUGAGACUCUACGAUCAACACAUCAAGGGAAGCCCCUUUCAGCUGAAGGUCACCAAUUCUCCAGACGAUUCUCCCACUACCACGUCCGGAGCCAACGCUGCCUCCACGGGCUCCAGUGAGGGCGGUGCGAGGAGACGGAGCGCCAAGUCCCCGGGGAGCAGGAGUCGACAAAAAGGGGUGCGGAGAGGGGGGAGCUUGUUCAGCACACCCAAGAAAAAAGUAAAUGCCAUCGAAGACGAUCUUAUCUUCAGAAUCGGAACAAAAGGAAGAAAUAAAGGGGAAUUUACAAAUCUCCAGGGUGUCGCUGCCUCAGCAGGAAGUAUCCUGAUUGCAGACAGUAAUAAUCAGUGUGUUCAGAUCUUCUCCAAUGAGGGAGAGUUUCUGAGCCGGUUUGGAGUUCGUGGUCGUUCUCCAGGGCAGCUGCAGAGACCCACUGGAGUCGCUGUGCAUCCCAAUGGUGACAUUAUCAUUGCUGACUAUGAUAACAAGUGGGUUAGCAUCUUCUCCAGUGACGGCAAAUACAAGGCUAAGCUGGGCGCUGGUAGGCUGAUGGGUCCGAAGGGUGUGUCUGUGGAUCAGAAUGGUCACGUUAUCGUUGUGGACAACAAGGCCUGCAUGGUGUUCAUCUUCCAGCCAAGUGGGAAACUCGUAACCAAGUUUGGCAGCAGAGGGAACGGUGACAAACAGUUUGCAGGGCCACAUUUCGCUGCAGUCAACAAUAAUAAUGAAAUAAUCGUCACUGACUUUCAUAAUCAUUCAGUCAAGGUGUUCAGUGCUGAAGGUGAGUUCCUGCUUAAAUUCGGCUCGAAUGGUGAAGGUAACGGUCAGUUCAACGCUCCUACAGGUGUGGCAGUGGACGUUAACGGGAACAUCAUCGUAGCUGACUGGGGGAACAGUCGCAUUCAGGUGUUCGAUGGAAGCGGUUCGUUCCUGUCCUACAUCAACACGGCGGCGGAUCCUCUGUACGGGCCGCAGGGUCUCGCCCUGACCUCCGACGGCCACGUGGUGGUGGCUGACUCGGGGAAUCACUGUUUUAAGGUGUACCGUUACCUGCAGUGAUUCUCACCCUCACAAUUAUCACCUGCUGUCCUGCUGCAGAUCCAUCACGCUUUCCCUCCUCCUGCUAACUGCUUCUGCUGAAUGACUCGAUGCAUAAUUAAUGUCAGGCGAAUGUUUGGGAUUUCUGAGGCUCCUCCAGUGAAGGUGUGGUCACAUUUAACUUCCAGGUUCUGCAGGUUAGCUGCAGGAAUCCUUUCACCUUGUUCUCAUGGUGGAUUUUAUUUCUUACCUGUAGUGUAGUGUAGGUUCAGUGACCUCAAUGUUUGACCCUUUAAAAACAUCGUUGUCUAUCACCAAAGCGUAAAAAUACAGAAUUUUAAAGUCAUUUCGACUGUCAAUCAUUCACCAGGAAUCAGAUACGUACACCAGGUGUUUAAAUGAAGAGAAAAUCUGCCUGUGUGUGUGUGUGUGUGUGUGUGUGUGUGUGUGUGUGUGUGUGUGUGUGUGUGUGUGUGUGUGUGUGUGUGUGUGCUGCACAGGUAAACACACUCUCAGGAGGUAUACCGUGACCACAGCUUUUCUGGGUCUUGGAGACGGAUAUUUGGCGUCUUGUUGUUGUACGAGGUUUUACAAUGAGCAUGUGUUGGGAAUCGAAGCUGAAAAGUCCUUUUCUCUCUGCACUUUCUCGGUUAUAUCUGAAUUCUGCCCUGUGCAUGUGAUCAUCGUUCUUCAAGAACAUCACGCGUUAACUCCUGCUGCACGUAAAAUAAAGUAUUCUUGGUCA